CCCCUCUUCCUUGAUUGUUGUGGCUUGGUAAGACGAAUUAUGCGUGAUUUACGUAAAAAUUUUGGUUUUUGCUUGGGUCCGUGGAAUCAAAGUUACCAGUAUGAUACGUUACCAAACGUAAUUGAAAAAUUAGAGGAUGUUUUGCCUGGAGAUCUGGUAUUUACUGCAGCGACGUUUUACAAACCAAGGGUGAAACCUCAAAAACAUGAUUUAACUCAUGUGGAAAUUUUUCUCGGUCAAGGUGCAAAAACGAUUGGGUCACGGUGGCAUGCCGGCAAGGUGCAGGAAUUUGAAGAUUUCAAAUUUGUUUCCACUUCUUAUCAUUCGCAAAAAUACAUUUUCAAAUCAAUUGAUACUUGGUUGAAAGGCGUCUGCAAAAGGCUGGCAUAUGUCCAUUGA